AUGUCAGUAGAGCUUAGGCCAAUUGGCUUAAAGAUAGAAUCGAAUGAAUCAUUUCUAUCAUUGGAUGACAAUUUAGGUGUUGUUAUAUUAGCAAACUCUAGUGGUUUCGGAUAUGUACCGCUAUCAAAUUCAAAAGAGAGAGGUUAUUAUUGUUCCGAUAAGCCAAUAAAAGAUGCAAAAUUUUCACCUAAUGGUUUAUAUGCUGCAACACAAUUUAAUGAUACCGAUAUCGAAAUAUUAAAUAUUCAUGAUGGUAAAAGAAUCAUACAAAACACUAGAUAUAAAUCGACAAGAGGAACUGUAAUUCUAUCAUUCUACUUCAUAUCGACAAAGGUCGAUACUUUGUUGAUCAUCACCAACACCUCAUUGGAACUAUAUCAAAUCACAUCGAAUCAAACUGAAAUACAAUGUAAAUUGGUCAAAGAUACAAAAACAAAGAUACAUUCUUUUGUCUUUUCUCCAAAGACAUCGACAAUUUUGACAUAUGGAGGAACUGGAAAUACAAUUCAACCCUACAGAUUCACUCAGAGCUAUAUAGAGAAACUGGCAAGAUUUACAGUGGAUAGCAGUGUACCACUGGAUCUCAGUAAUUUGUAUAUGACCAUACUAUACGGUAGAAACUACUGUAUCUUCUCCGAUCAGAAUCAGAUGUCGUUCUACGAGUUGAACAAUGAGACUGUCUAUCGUGUGCAGAUGAUCAAGUUCCUCAUGACCGGAACCAAUCAGAUUCAUAUCGUCGACAACAUCGUAAUCGUCCACUACAACGAGCACAAAGUAUCGAUGGUGUACGACCUACGUAUGCUCAAGUCACCUUCGAACUUCCCAAUCUCUGCCAUCCCAAUGACUCUUUUCAAUAGCAGCUCUUCCAGCGUCACCGAUCUCGUCAAUUUCCACCAACAACAACAACAAUCUGGACAGCUCACACCACGUCAGAACUCUCAACAACAACAGCAACAACAUCAACUUUAUCUUUCAUCAUGGAGAUAUGUAUUCCCUAAUUACAUCUUUGACAGCCUGUCUGGACACUGGUAUGAAGUCACAUUGAAUUUCGAAAAAGUUUCAAACUUCUUCCAGGUAGACACUGACAAGAUCAUCCCAUUCCUUCAAUUGCGUUCGUCGCCCAACGCCAAGAUCGCUCUGCUACAACACAUCAAGACGAUCAUCGAAUACAAGUCAGAGCCGCUCGAAGUACUCGGAAAGAUAUUCGAUUCACUCAACCACGACCUCUUCACUAUGACCAGUAGAAACAAUACACAACUCAUCCAACAACACUUGAAUAUGGCUGCCAAGAAACAGUCGCCAGCAAAACCAUCGAGUGCCGACGAUGAAGAUCUCAUUGGCGAUCUAAAUACGCGUCAACAGGGUCUGUCAACGUCGACCUCCAACUCCAACUCCAACUCGCCAACACUACCGCCAGUUGUGAGCUCUGGAUCGUUGAAUUCCUCCACCUCCUCUGCUACAAGAUUCGUUCCACCCCCUUCCAACACACAGAGAACAAUGACUAAUGGUGUUAGUCUGAGUUCGUCGCGCGGUGCAUCCACUGCUUCCUCCUUAAAACAAUCAGGUUCCGGUCUUGAUCUGAGCUCUCUCGAUAUCUCGUCGAGUCAGUCAACCGGAGGUAUCAACGGUAUCACUCAUCAGGUUGUCAGCAUGCGAACCAGAGGUCCGGCCAACAUCCUUGUCAACUCUGACGAUCUCUUUGAACAUGUUUUCAACCCAAUCUACGACAAUCUUACACAACAAAUACAAACGAUCAAGUCGAGCACUACCAUGUCACAGGCAGAUAAAGAAUCAAACCUACAGAGAAUCGAAGUUGACUCUAGAUUCCUAAUUGCUAUCUUGACAGAGUAUAUCCGUUCCCUCAACUACCAAUACUGUGGUAAAUCUGAUAAACUAUUUAGUUUAUUAUUAAGUUUAUUUAUUGAUAAUCAAAUGUUUUCUCAACUUCACAGAUUUUUACAAUAUAAUGUAAUUGAAGAUUCAGAGAAUAUAGCAUACAAGUUACUUUCGAUCAGUGAAACCUAUCCACCAGCACUUCAAUUAUCUUUAGAUAUGUUUAAACGUUUGAAGAUGCCAAAUGUAAUUAUAUCGACUCUUUUGGAGAAGAAACAGGUGUUGCUUGCACUUAGAUUCAUGAGAAGCACCAAGACCAAAUAUAAUGUAGACGAGUUCCUAAAGCAUGCUUCAUUGCAAGGCGACGAUACUCUAUUUUUUACAGUGAAUAAAUACAGAUAUAAAUUUAAAUCAAAAUUGUUUGUUCAACCAAAAUAUUACACUUUCUAUUUUGAAUUCAACUUUGACAAUAAACCAAGUAAUCUCUUCAGAUUUUCUCAUUUCAAUAGAAAUAAAAAACUCCUUAAAAUUUCAAAUAACUUUUCAACAACAAUAGAAACAGUAUCAUUUGAGGUACCAUUUAUCUCUGUCGAAGAUUCAGUUCUAGAGAUUUCCAAUACCAACAUUAGUUCAAAAUUAAAUUUAUUCAAUUCAAAUAUAUCACUUUCCAAUAAUGUAAACAGUGAAUCCUUCAUAUUAACUUUGAACCAAUCAAGAUUGAAUAUUUUAGAUAAUAAUAUUAUUAUUAAUAAUGGACAAAUCGAUUUGUAUUCUUCUAAAAUUAAUUUUAAUGGAAAAAUGAACUCUGUUAAUAACAGUUCAUUUUUAUCAAUAAAUGGAGAUUUGGCUUUUAGAAAUACAAAGAUAGUUUUUCAUGAUAUCAGUUAUAUAGAGGGAAAUGGUUCUUUAACUUGUGGAAACAAUAUAGAAGCAAAAGAUUAUUUAUACUUUGGAUCAUUUGGAGAAACAUCUAAACUCUUAGUGGAUUGUGAUAUCUCAUCAACCAAAGGAUUAAUAUUCAAUAUUUUUGUUGAUUCCAAAACUAAUUUUACUCAAUUCAGCACAAAAAAUGUCAAAUUUUUCUCUACUUCGGAAGUCAACCUAUUUAUAAAUAACAAUUUCUCAGAGAAUAUUACAUUAUUCUAUUUCGAUGACCAAUCUCAGUUUAAUUUGUCAAAGAUAACUAUAAUCGAAUAUAACAACAUAAAGUAUGAAAGUGGUUUUUCUAAAUCCUCCACAAAACUAUCAUUGUAUUUCGUAGAAAAAACAAAUAGCUCUACAACUGGUUCUGAUACAAGCACCACUUCAGUUGGAACAACAGGAGCAUCUUCAACAACAGGUAUGGAAAAUAUCACUGCAACCAAUACCCCAAUUAUUAUUUAUGAUUUGGAAACUAAACGACCUGCAAGACCUUAUUUGGCUAUGGGUAUUAUUUUUGGAUCGAUUGGACUAAUUUUGGUGAUGCUUGGAGUUGGUAUUUAUUUCAUUAAAUACAAAGGAAUAUUUGCUUAUUCUGACCAUGCAGAGGCUGUCAACAGAACAACUAGUACAGAUUCUUUUGCUACACUCAAUUCACAAGGUUACAAAAUUAAACAAUUCGAUAUUUAA